AUGCUUUUUUCGACUUACAUAGUUGAUGGAUUUGGUUUUCUCUCUCUCUUCUUCUCAUCUAUAGCACUAAUUUUGUCUACUAUUAUCUUAUACAUAUGGAAACACAAAGCAGUUACACUUGAUGAAAAUGUAUUGGCUUCACGUGGAAGGGAAAAUGUUGAAACAACAACUCCGAUGCUCAUGAAUGAAUCUAUCAUUGAAGCAAUAGAAAUGAAAGAAGAAGAAGCUAGUGCUGUUGCUAAUUAUGACUCAUAUUCUGACUUAGAUGGUUCCAUUUCUGAUGAAGAAAGUCUCAUUGAAAUAUCACUUCCAAGUGGACACUUAAUGGAUAAACAUAAACAAGAGUUCAACCAACAACGUUUGAUGGAAUUGUUAGCAGAAUUUAAUGAUAUGUUUGAGGAAGAGAAUUUAAUAGAGAUUGACAUAUCCAUGGGUUCAAUCAAGUGUUCAAGUUCCUCCGCUCCGCCUACGAAGGCCCUUUGCUCCGCCCUCCGCCGUCUCCUCGAAGGUCUGCGUCGUCCUGCACGAAGACGCCCGUCACAAGCCGCCGUCUCCCACCGUGCACGAAGACCUCCUGCACGAAGACGUCCUCGAAUCUCCCGGCGUCACAGCCUGCCACCGUCUUCGAAGCCCCCGCCGCCUUCCAACUACGAUUCCGGUAAGAAAUUUUCUAUUUUGUUCAACUUCAUUGUAUAUCUAUGGAUUGCUAAGAGAGAAAUUGUCUCCUUAGAAACCUCCGAAAGAAACGUUAAUGGUCCUCUCAGAAACACGCAGUUUAUCUUUAACCUAUCAAACUUAAUAGAGUUAUCAUCUUGCCAUUGA